CAGAUAACCAGCCCAAGUCAUGCAGUCUUUUCGAGAAAGGUGUGGUUUCCAUGGCAAACAACAGAACUACCAGCAGACCUCACAGGAAACAUCACGCCUGGAGAAUUACAGGCAGCCGAGUCAGGCUGGGCUGAGCUGCGACCGGCAGCGGCUGCUGGCCAAGGACUAUUACAGCCCGCAGCCUUACCCGGGCUACGAGGGCGGUGCGGGCACGCCCUCCAGCACAGCCGCCGCUGUGGCCGCAGAGAAGUACCACCGAGGCAGCAAAGCCCUGCCCUCGCAGCAGGCCCUGCAGGGGAGGCCAGCUUUCCCGGGCUACGGCGUCCAGGACAGCAGCCCUUACCUGGGCCGCUACUCCAGUGAGGACAGCCUGCAGGCCUGGGGGGCCCCUCAGCCUCCGCCCCCCCAGCCACAGCCCCUGCCAGGGGGGGUGGGCAAGUAUGACGAGAACUUGAUGAAGAAGGCGGCAAUGCCCCCUGGAAGGCAGUACUCGGAGCAGGGCGCCCAGCUGCCCUUUCGGACUCACUCCCUGCACCUCCAGCAGCCCCCACCACCUCAGCAGCCCCUGGCAUACCCCAAACUCCAAAGGCAGAAACUGCAGAAUGACAUCACAUCCCCUCUGCCUUUCCCCCAGGGUGGCCACUUCCCGCAACAUUCCCAGUCCUUCCCCACCUCCUCCUCCUCCUACUCCUCAUCCGGCCAGGGUGGUGGGCAGGGUGCCCAUUCCUAUAAGAGUUGCACGGCACCGUCUGCCCAACCCCAUGACAGGCCAGUGGCCGCCAACGCCAGCCUGGCCCCGGGACAGCGGGUCCAGAACCUUCAUGCCUACCAGUCAGGACGCCUCAGCUAUGACCAGCAGCAGCAGCAGCAGCAGCAGCAAGCCCUUCAGAGCCGGCACCAUGCCCAGGAAACCCUCCAUUACCAAAACCUCAACAAGUAUCAACACUACGGGCAGCAAGGCCAGGGCUACUGCCAGCCAGACACAGCCGUCAGGACUCCGGAGCAGUACUACCAGACCUUCAGCCCGAGCUCCAGCCACUCACCUGCACGCUCCGUGGGCCGCUCGCCCUCCUACAGCUCCACCCCGUCGCCGCUGAUGCCAAAUCUGGAGAACUUUCCCUACAGCCAGCAGCCACUCAGCACCGGGGCCUUCCCUGCAGCGAUCACCGACCACAGCCACUUCAUGCCUCUGCUCAACCCCUCCCCAACGGAUGCCACCAGCUCCGUGGACACCCAGGCUGGCAACUGCAAGCCCCUGCAGAAGGACAAGAUUCCCGAGAACCUGCUGUCAGAUCUCAGCCUGCAGAGCCUCACGGCACUGACCUCACAGGUGGAGAACAUCUCCAACACCGUCCAGCAGCUGCUGCUCUCUAAGGCGGCCAUGCCGCAGAAGAAAGGGAUCAAGAACCUCGUGUCCAGGACCCCAGAGCAGCACAAAAGCCAGCACUGCAGCCCUGAAGGCAGUGGCUACUCAGCGGAGCCAGCAGGCACACCGCUGUCGGAGCCUCUGAGCAGCACGCCGCAGUCGACCCACGCCGAGCCACAGGAGGCUGACUACCUGAGCGGCUCCGAGGACCCACUGGAGCGCAGCUUCCUCUACUGCAACCAGGCCCGUGGCAGCCCUGCCAGAGUCAAUAGCAACUCAAAAGCCAAGCCCGAGUCUGUGUCCACCUGUUCUGUGACCUCACCCGACGACAUGUCCACCAAAUCUGACGAUUCCUUCCAGAGCCUGCACAGCAGUCUGCCACUUGACAGCUUCUCCAAGUUCGUGGCAGGCGAGCGGGACUGUCCACGGCUGCUGCUCAGUGCCCUGGCACAGGAGGACCUGGCCUCUGAGAUCCUGGGGCUGCAGGAAGCCAUCGGCGAGAAGGCUGACAAGGCCUGGGCCGAGGCACCUGGCCUGGCCAAGGACACCAGCAAGCCGCCCUUCUCUCUGGAGAACCACAGCGCCUGCCUGGACUCUGUGGCCAAGAAUGCAUGGCCACGGCCCGGGGAGCCAGAGGCCCUGCCAGACUCCUUGCAGCUGGACAAGGGCAGCAGCACCAAGGACUUCAGCCCAGGGCUGUUCGAAGACCCUUCUGUGGCCUUCACCACUCCUGACCCCAAGAAGGCAACUGGUCCCCUCUCCUUUGGCACCAAGCCCACACUUGGAGCUGCUGCUCCAGACCCCACUGCGGCAGCUUUUGACUGCUUCCCGGACACUACCACUGCCAGCUCGGUGGACGGUGCCAACCCCUUUGCCUGGCCAGAGGAAAACUUGGGGGAUGCUUGUCCCCGGUGGGGACUACACCCCGGUGAGCUCACCAAGGGCCUGGAGCCAGGCGGGAAGGCCUCAGAUGGUGUCAGCAAAGGGGACGCCCAUGAGGCUUCAGCCUGCCUGGGCUUUCAGGAGGAAGAGCCCCCUGGGGAGAAAGUGGCCGUGAUGCCCGGGGACUUCAAGCAGGAAGAGGCGGGUGGGGUGAAGGAGGAGGCGGGCGGGCUGCUGCAGUGCCCAGAGGUGAGCAAGGCCGACCGGUGGCUAGAGGACAGUCGGCACUGCUGCUCCGCUGCCGACUUUGGGGACCUCCCGUUGCUGCCGUCCACCAGCAGGAAAGAGGACCUGGAGGCCGAGGAGGAGUACUCCUCCCUAUGUGAGCUCCUGGGUAGCCCUGAGCAGAGGCCCAGCAUGCAGGACCCGCUGUCACCAAAGGCCCCACUCAUCUGCACGAAGGAGGAGGUAGAAGAGGUGCUGGACCCCAAGGCUGGCUGGGGCUCCCCGUGCCACCUCUCUGGGGAGUCUGUCAUCUUGCUGGGCCCUACCGUGGGUGCCGAGUCAAAGGUCCAGAGUUGGUUUGAGUCCUCCCUGUCCCAUAUGAAGCAAGGGGAAGAAGGCCCCAAUGGGGAGAGGGCUCCAGGGGAUUCUGCCACCUUGGACACCUCCUUGGCCCAGAAGCUGAACAAGCCCGCUGUGCCUGAGGCACCCCUCGCUAAGAAAGAGCCCGUGCCACGGGGCAAAAGCUUGCGGAGCCGGCGGGUGCACCGGGGGCUGCCUGAGGCUGAGGACUCCCCGUGCAGGGCACCAGCGUUGCCCAAAGACCUCUUGCUCCCCGAAUCCUGCACUGGGCCCCCACAAGGACAGAUGGAGGGCGCCGGGGCCCCUGGCCGGGGGGCCUCGGAAGGGCUCCCCAGGAUGUGUACCCGCUCCCUCACGGCCCUGAGCGAGCCCCGCACACCUGGGCCCCCAGGCCUGACCACCACCCCUGCCCCCCCAGACAAACUUGGGGGCAAGCAGCGGGCCGCCUUCAAGUCUGGCAAGCGGGUGGGGAAGCCCUCACCCAAGGCUGCAUCCAGCCCCAGCAACCCGGCUGCCCUACCCGUGGCCUCUGACAGCAGCCCCAUGGGCUCCAAGACCAAGGAGACGGACUCCCCCAGCACACCCGGCAAGGACCAGCGCUCUAUGAUCCUUCGGUCCCGCACCAAAACCCAGGAGAUCCUCCACUCCAAGCGGCGGCGGCCAUCAGAGAGCCGGCUCCCCAACUGCCGCGCCACCAAGAAGCUCCUUGCCAACAACCACCUGCCCGCCACCUUCAAGGUCUCUGGCAGCCCCCAGAAGGAGGGCAGGGUGGGCCAGCGGGCGAGGGUCCCCAAGCCCGGUCCAGGUGGCAAGCUCUCUGAUCGGCCCCUUCAUGCGCUCAAGAGGAAGUCGGCCUUCAUGGCGCCUGUCCCCACCAAGAAGCGGAGCCUGGUCCUGCGGAGCGGUGGCGGCAGCAACGCCAGUGGCAGUGGAGGGGACGGGAAGGAGGAGCAGGCCGAGGGCUCCCCCACCCUCUUCAAGAGGAUAUCUUCUCCCAAGAAAGCCAAGCCCGCCAAGGGCAACGGCGAGCCCACCACAAAGCCCCCGCUCCCAGAGACUCCUGACACCUGCAUCAAACUCACCUCCCGGGCAGCCUUCCAGGGCACCAUGAAGACCAAGGUGCUGCCGCCCCGCAAGGGCCGCGGCCUGAAGCUGGAAGCCAUCGUGCAGAAGAUCACCUCGCCCAGCCUGAAGAAGUUCGCGUGCAAAGCGCCAGGGGCCUCCCCUGGUCGUCCUCUCAGCCCAGCCCUCCCUGAGAAGGACCGUGGGCUCAAAAGUGCUGGGGACAGCCCCGUGGGGGCAGAAGGAGGUCUGCUAAAUGUGGGCACUGGGCAGUUGGGGGCCGACCCGUUAUGCAGAAAUCUGACGAACAGAUCCUUAAAAGGCAAGCUCAUGAACAGUAAGAAACUGUCCUCGGCUGACUGUUUCAAAACUGAGGCCUUCACAUCCCCGGAGGCCCUGCAGCCUGGAGGGGCCGCCCUGGCGCCUAAGAAGAGAAGCCGGAAAGGCAGGGCUGGAGCCCUCGGACUCCCCAAAGGCCCUCUGGAGAAGCGACCCUAUCUUGGCCCAGCUCUGCUCCUGACUCCCCGAGACAGGGUCAGCAGCACACAGGGGGAUGGUGAGGACAUCUCUGGUGGAGGAGGCAAGAAGCCAAAGACGGAGGAGCUGGGCCUGGCCUCCCAGCCCCCAGAGGGCCGGCCCUGCCAGCCGCAGACAAGGGCGCAGAAGCAGCCAGGCCAUGCCAACUACAGCAGCUAUUCCAAGCGGAAGCGCCUCACUAGGGGCCGGGCCAAGAAUACCACCUCUUCGCCCUGUAAGGGGCGUGCCAAGCGGCGCCGGCAGCAGCAGCUGCUGCCCCUGGAUCCCGCAGAGCCUGAAAUCCGCCUCAAGUACAUUUCCUCUUGUAAGCGGCUGAGGGCAGACAGCCGGACCCCCGCCUUCUCGCCCUUCGUGCGGGUGGAAAAGCGAGAUGCGUUCACCACCGUGUGCACUGUCGUCAACUCCCUUGGGGAUGAGCCCAAGCCCCACAGGAGGCCUUUCUCCUCCUCCUCCUCUUCCUCAUCCUCAUCCUCCUUCUCCUUGGAUGCGGCCGGGGCCUCCCUGGCCACGCUCCCUGGGGGUUCCAUCCUGCAGCCGCGGCCCUCUCUGCCCCUCUCCUCCACAAUGCACUUGGGGCCUGUGGUUUCCAAGGCCCUGAGCACCUCUUGCCUUGUUUGCUGCCUCUGCCAAAAUCCAGCCAACUUCAAGGACCUCGGGGACCUCUGUGGGCCCUACUACCCUGAACACUGUCUCCCCAAAAAGAAGCCAAAACUCAAGGAGAAAGUGCAGCUGGAAAGCACCUGCGAGGAGGCUUCACUGCCCCUCGAGAGAACACUCAAAGGCCUCGAGUGUGCAGCUGCUGCCGUCACUGCCGCUGGGAAGCCCACCAGGCCUGACGGUCCAGCCGACCCGGCCAAGCAGGGCUCACUGCGCACCAGUGCCCGGGGCCUGUCCCGGCGGCUGCAGAGUUGCUACUGCUGUGACGGCCGGGGGGACGGUGGAGAGGAGACAGCCCCAGCCGACAGGAGCCGCAGGCACGAGUGCAGCAAGGAGGCCCCAGCAGAGCCUGGUGGGGACACCCAGGAGCACUGGGUGCAUGAGGCCUGUGCGGUGUGGACCAGCGGGGUCUACCUGGUGGCCGGGAAGCUCUUUGGGCUGCAGGAGGCCAUGAAGGUGGCCAUGGACAUGACAUGUUCCAGCUGCCAAGAAGCCGGGGCCACCAUCGGGUGUAGCCACAAAGGAUGCACCCUCACUUACCAUUACCCGUGUGCCAGCGACGCAGGUUGCGUAUUCAUCGAAGAGAACUUUUCUUUGAAAUGUCCCAAACAUAAGAGGCUGCCGUUGUAAUCCACCCCAACGGCUGGAGAAGGCGCCGGAGCCCGCCGGCCCGCCCGCCGCCGAAGGAGAGGAGCCGCCUGCGCAGCUCUCGGGCCUUGGAGCUGCCCCCAGCGCGGGUCCAGAGCCGAUCCUUGAUCCGGGUUCCGGAUCUUGGAUCCGGCCGCCGAGGGCUCAGACGCGCGGCCCCGGGUUGGGAAGAAAUCCCGUUCCGGAGCUGCUCGCUCCAGGAACCGGACGGCACAGGGCGUCCCUGCCCACACCCCUAGGGCCAGGCUCGGCGUCCGGACUGCUCGGGGCACCUCCGGCGGGGGUGGGAGACGGCUUCGGUCUGGUGGCGCUUCCCCCCCGGAAGUUCCAAGACGACGUGGCACGGAUUCCACGUGGGUGCCGCCCCACCCUAGUCGGUGGUGGCCUGCAGCUGGGAGCCCUGAGGUUGAGGGGGAGGUGACGAAGGGCCCUGGGAGAGGCUGACGGAGGCUUCUGGCCCCGUGAACGAAGCAGGGGAAGCCGAAGCCUUUUUGGAGAGGGCCAGGCAGGCGAAGGAGGGGGGCAGAGGCUUUGGAACAAGCAGUGUCCGAGCGUCCUGCCCACGCCCGGCCUUCACUGGAGCUUUCGUGUGGUUCGGGUAAAGCCCAAAGUCCUGGUCCUCUGCUUAGGGGGUGCGGGCCCCCGGGGUGCGGGCGGGACUGGGACACCCUUUGGCUUGUGUUCGUCUCCUUCCCAGCCCUCCGCCCCACCCCUGGAUCCCAGCCUGGGAGAUGCGACCAGAGAGCACCUCCGGCGGACGCGCGCUCGUCCCUCGGCACCACCACCCUCCUCCGGGGACCGCAGCGCCCACUGGGCACGGGAGCAGGAACAGCGCUAGAUUCGUGUACAAAACCUGUGUAGCCCUCUAUAUAUAUGUUACAUAGAAUGUAUAUAUGUUGGGAACAUGCUCGCUUCUCCCGUGUGUCGCCGCCGUGCGUCGUGCGCCCCGCAGCACAAAGCCCCGAACGGGCCCUCGCCGCCUAGGGGGCUACUGCGAUGCCCCUUCCCCAUGCAGCCACCACCGGCCCAGGCCAGUCCCCGCCAGUCCGUCUGCCUGUCCGUCCGUGUCCUCAGCUCUGUCCGCGCUUCGAUAGGCCUGACGCAGCCCCCAGCCAGGGGCCGCCCUAGCAACUUCUUGUACAUAUGACUGUAAAAUGGUAAACGUGUGUAUUAUAUCUGGCCUCGUUAUAUAGUGUAUAUAUAUGUAUACAUAUACAUAUAUAUAAUAUAUAUGAAGACUGUAAAUGUUAAGACGACUAGUGUUCUUAUUAGUAUAUUGCUUCACACUGAAGAUUGUGUGUAUCGAGCUGUUUCUAAAAGAUGUUUAUUUUCCUUAAGAGUAAAAAACAGUCAUUGCAUUCAGAAAAAAAAAAAGUCAAUAAAGAUACAACGAUUGUUUUGGAA